AUGGCUCCUCCUUCGGAUUGGACUCCCUCGUCGUGGCGGUCCAAGCCAAUCAACCAGCAGGCCGUAUAUCCCGACCCGGCGGCCGUGCGCCGCGCAACCUCCGAGCUGAGCCGGCUCCCUCCCGUGGUUCACCCGCAAGAGAUCGCCCGGCUCAAGGCUAGCUUACGCGAUGUUGCGCGCGGUGAGGCUUUCUUAUUGCAAGGCGGUGAUUGUGCUGAGCUGUUUGACUAUUGCCGCGCCGACGCUAUUGAGUCUAAGAUCAAACUCCUACUACAGAUGAGUCUUGUGCUCAUAUGGGGUGCCGACAAGCGUGUCGUCCGUAUAGGUCGUAUGGCCGGCCAGUACGCCAAACCCCGAUCGAGUCCGACUGAAAAGGUCGUCGACGAGAACGGAGAGACUAAAGAAGUCCCCUCGUUCCGCGGCGAUAUCUUGAAUGGCUACCACCUCGAAGAGCGUGAUUUGGACCCCCAGAGGCUUGUUAAAGCUUAUCACCACUCGGCCGCAACGCUCAACUACGUGCGAGCCGCCAUCGCUGCAGGCAUCGCAGACUUACACCGUCCUCUAAACUGGACUCUGGGCCACGUUAAGGACCCGCAGCUCAAGGCCAAGUAUACCGAGGCCGUGCGCUUCCUGCAGGACAUGCUGCGCUUCAUGCACACCAUCGGUGCAGACCGCAGCCCCAAGCUCGACACCGUCGAUCUGUACUCCAGCCACGAGGGUCUGCUACUCGAGUACGAGGAGAGCCUUACCCGACUGAUGGAAAAGCCCAUACUCCCCGGCGACGAAGAAGCAGCCCCCGAAUCAACCACGGGGGAACCGCAGAUGGAGUACUACGAUACCUCGGCGCACUUCCUCUGGAUAGGUGACCGAACGCGGCAGAUCGACGGCGCACACGUCGAGUUUUUCCGAGGCAUCGCAAACCCCAUCGGGAUCAAAGUAGGCCCCACGACACCAACGUCGGACCUGCUCGCACUACUACGAACGCUUAAUCCGUCGUGCGAGGUGGGCAAGGUAACCCUAAUCACGCGGUACGGCGCAGCCAAAGUGCGCGAGCUGCUACCGGGCCACAUCCGUGCGGUCGAGGGGUCCGAGUACCGAGGGGCGUGUAUCUGGCAGUGCGACCCGAUGCACGGCAACACGCGGUCGACGGCGUCGGGCAUCAAGACGCGGCGGUUCGGAGACAUCUUCGACGAGCUGCGCGAGACGCUAAGCAUUCAUCGCGAGGAGGGCAGCUACCUCGGCGGCGUGCACCUAGAAUUAACCGGCGAUGCCGUGACUGAAUGUGUUGGCGGUAGCGAGGGCCUCGACGAGGACGAUCUGUCUACCAACUACACCAGUUUCUGCGAUCCCCGCCUCAACGAAAAACAAGCUCUCGAGCUCACCUUCUUAGUGGCGGAUUCGUUCCGCCAAGGGAGAAAAGACCUUCUUCACCAUUAG